CCAUCACCAACUUCAAAGCGAGCCGCCCGGCUCGGCCGCGGUCUCGCCCACCUGCCGCGACCUUGGUGCUACUGUUGCACGAUGUUGGUUGUGAAUUCUAAGAAAAGAAGCAAAAAGGCAUGAUGCAUACAGCAAGUUUUUGCCAAUUCACCCGGAGGAAUGAUCCCACCGAAACGCUUCAUCCUGUCUGCUUAAGAUGACCAAGCGCUUCGAUGUCUGUACCAAACGCAAAGACUCUGUUUCAGAGCCCAUGUGUCGGGAGCACGUCGCUUUUGAAUUCGAAGAAUCGACAAAGCUUGCACCUGUCCGUUAGGUCAAAGAAGCAAGUGCCCACCGUCUCUGUCGGGCUACUUCUUCAAGAUGCCAGGAUCGAGUUGGACGCUGCACGCGACCCUCGACGAGGCUUUGAAGAAGGCACACCGGACAACAAAGUCGUCUAUGGCGAGGCCGUCAUACUCUACGGGCAAAGCUACAAUAUCCAGAUCUCGUCUUAUAGCUUCGCCCUGGUCUGGAGAUCCAUCUCUAGUACGCCUCAACAUAACAACCAACGCCUCGCAGAGCUUGCAGAAGCUACCUGCAAGCAAUCCCUCUCCUUGUUGAGAGCCAUGGGAUCACGCGAGAUGCCUACAGGGGCCGAUUUGUCCGAACUGCUAUCACAUCGAAUCACGAGGCCACGAACAUCGAAGCAUGCCGUUGUCCGAGAGAAUAAGCAAGCUCGCCGACUAAUAGGCGAAGGGGCUUUUGGCAAGGUAUACAUUAGCCAGGAUGAGGAGACUUCCGCAUGGAUUGGUAUCAAAGUAAUUCAAUUACGUAAGGUUUUCAAAAACGACGGUUUCGACAUCAACAGGGCUCGAGCUAUCUUUCACAGAGAGCUCAGAGUCAUGCAGAGCACAAAUCAUGCGAAUAUCAUCCAAUAUCUGGGCUACGGCGAGGUCGACACGAUGGAGCCUGAGAUUAUAAUGCCCUUCUGCGCGGGCUCUCUGGAAAACAUGUCCAAGCUUCUUUUGACAGACAAACAACACCAGGAAACUUGCUGGGCCGUGCUGGAACAGAUGCUCUGCGCCCUCGACUAUCUUGCAAGCCUCGGCUAUGCCGCUACAUUUUUCAAUUGGCCGAUUUUGGACUCGCCAACCACCAGAAGCUCGCGCAAACGAUGUGCAGCACCAUCGCGUACCAGGCCCCCGAACUUUGGCCGCGUAUUUCGAACCUCUUGCAGAUGCAGUAUGAGCAGAGCCAUAAAGAUGGAUGCGUGGUCCCUAUACGCGGCCUUCGUCGCACUUUUGACCAAAAUGAAGAGGUUCCCCCCACGCAGCGCCGGUACCCAGGAACAGUUUUACAACCUCUCCAGGAACACGCUCUUAGACUCGGUCAAAACCUUCCAGGACCUGGCGCCGAUGGCGGUGCUUGAACCCGAACGUCGCGCCUCCGCUGCAUGGAUGUUGCACGUUCUAUUUGAAGGCAGAGGCUUGACAACGAAACCUGGCAAGACUGAGCCAUACUAUCCUCCAGGAAAUUCUCCUCGCCGUCCUCAGCCUGUUCAACCACCUCCUCGCCAGUGGUCAAGUAGGAUGGACAUCGACGAUCCGCCAGCUGUUUCAUUAUCCCGUCCAGUCACCCGACAAGGCGGUAGAUUAAACGUUCACGUUCCACUUAUUGUACACUCCCGUGCAGUUCUUGACCGGCGGGAUGCGCAACUCGUACAACAAAAGAUUCGCAAACAAGGGGGAGGAGUCGUCAAGCGUAGGUCUAAGCCUCGCCAUCCUGUCACUAUUCGGUAGAGUUUCUUUACGAUUCGACUCAAAGAUUCGAGAAUGCUUUGCGGAUGUUUCUGGAGGAAGAAGUAAUACCAAUUUGCGUGGACGAUCUUGAGCCACUCAGCUAUGUUGUCAUUUUACGCAUCGACCAGAACGGAAUCUGGUCCGCGCCUGUACAUUAGGAAUCCAGGUAGCGUGCUCAGUAGGAAACUCAUUGGUACGGCUGGCCCCUAUGCACAUACGCUGUCGGCCUACGAUCAUUACCAUCACACGUGAAUGGAAGAUGGUACUAGUAUUAUGUGAAUUCAAUAAG